GAGGCUGGGGUUUGCAACAGACUGCAACAGAGCUCAAGUUGUUCGCCUUCUGUUUCCCUUUCUUCUGCCUCUAAAUGAAAGGAGAGCUCUAAUCAACUGGAAUAUCCCUCUCUUUUUUCCCUUCUCCGUUGAAAAGUGAACAGAUGAAAAAUGCACUAUUUUGGGGUGAUGGCUGCAUUGUCUGUUUUCAACAUCAUCACUUGUUUGGCAAGAGGCAAGCCCUUGGAAGCCUGGGGCAAAUUAUCAGCUAUGGAGAACUCUGAUAAAUCCUUUGGUGAUCCCGGAGAGGUGGAGGGUGAGACCCAUUUCAACUUUAAAACCUUCCUGGAAAACAUGAAAGCCGAUUUCCUGAGGAGUUUGAACUUAUCGGGUGUCCCUUCGCAAGAGAGGUCUAGAGAGGAACCACCACAAUUCAUGAUUGACCUGUACAACAGAUAUGCCAAGGACAAGUCUUCCAUCCCUGCAUCCAAUAUUGUGCGGAGCUUCAGUACUGAAGAUGUUGUUUCUCUGGCUUCUCCGGAAGAAAACCCAUUUCAGAAACACAUCUUACUCUUCAACGUCUCUAUCCCGCGGCACGAGGACGUCACCAGGGCUGAGCUGAGAAUCCACAUAUCCUGUAAUAGGGACAUUGGGCCUCUCUCUAGACUGGAAGGCAACAUGGUCAUUUAUGAUGUUCUGGAUGAAGACCUCUGGGAAAGUCCAGAAGGCACCAAUUCAUUCCUUGCCACCCAAGAUAUCCAGGAAUGUGGAUGGGAAAUGUUUGAGGUGUCCAGUGCUGUGAAAAGAUGGGUCCGGGCAGACAAAUCAAAGACUAAAAACAAGCUUGAAGUUGUUGUUGAGAGGAAAACCCUGGGUGACUUCGCUUGUGGGAAGCUGGACAUCAGUGUUAUGCCCGACACUAAAAAUUUGCCCUUGUUAAUAGUGUUCUCCAAUGACCGCAGCAACGGGACCAAGGAGACCAGAGUGGAGCUCCGGGAGAUGAUUGUUCAUGAGCAGGAGAGUGUGCUAAAGAAGUUAGCAAAGAACAGCACUUUGCCCGAAGAGGAAGAGGAGGCAGAGGAGAAAUCCUUAUCCGUCCCUGGACUCCACCAGCCUUCAUCGAGAAGCAAGAGAAGCACUGGUACCAACCACUGCCGGAGAACCUCCCUCCGUGUGAACUUCAAAGACAUUGGCUGGGAUUCCUGGAUCAUUGCGCCCAAAGAUUACGAUGCAUUUGAAUGCAAAGGGGGCUGCUUUUUCCCUCUGACAGACAACGUGACCCCGACGAAACAUGCUAUCGUCCAAACCUUAGUGCACCUCAAAAACCCCAAGAAAGCUGCCAAGGCCUGUUGUGUUCCUACCAAACUGGAUUCGAUUUCCAUCCUCUACACUGAUGAUGCUGGGGUACCCACUUUGAAAUAUAACUACGAGGGGAUGAAAGUAGCAGAAUGCGGGUGCAGGUAGUACAGGGCAGCAGCUUUGACAGUAAGAUCCAACCUUUCUGCUGUUGUGUAAAUCUGUACAUUAAUGAUGUAAAUGUAAAUCCACACAGGCAAGCUUUUUUGUUUUUAAAACUAAAGCUUUCCAGAAUGGCAAUCACUGUAAAUAAAUUGCACAUAACGGGGUACAAUGAAACCCAUGUUACAAUAUUGUGCGAUUGAAAGCCCAAUUCAUUAUUUAAUAACAGACAGCAAUUCAUCCUGCAGAACCUGAAUAUGGUUUUCUGUUAAUUUAAUUAAACCUUGUGGUUGCAAAUCGCAGGAUUUGCCAACCUGGUUCCUGAUUGUCAGAGCAGUCUAUGGGAUUGAGAAGCCCAGUUGAUUUUAAUGGGAACUGAGGCUCUAAGGCCCAGAUCCACAAAGGGACUUAGGCACCUACAACCCAGUGCCUAAAUCCCAGUUUCAGGUACCACUAUGAUUCUAAAAACCCUGCUCAGCUGCUGCCUAACCCUGUAGACAUCUAAACUCACUUGGCACCCAGGUUUUUGCCAUUAAGGUUUCCUAGGUGCCUAUCUCCCACCUAAGCCACGAGCCAGCAGAGACAGGUGCUUCCCUGAAGUCUGGCCUUCGUCACUGAGCUCCAUGAGAGCACUGGGGAUUAGGACACAACCUUCUUGUCAAGAUCUCUGAUUGGCUGGCUUCAUGGGGGAGCUUAGGCAGCCUAGCGUGCUGGCUUUUGUGGACCACGUUCUAAGGUGCCUCCCCCCACCCAGAUUGUAUAGGAGCCUUUCUAGCCAUAAGUAUAGUUAAGACUGGAACAGGUUGUCAGGCUGCCUACUCACUGUAAUAACCUCAGGGCAGACUGUUAAGAAGCAGGGCACAAACCCCAGACUGCUUGUGAGUUCCAUCCUUAGAUUUCACCAACCAAUUAUCAAGUGUAAACUACUCAAGCACUGUAACAGCCUUAACAUGGAAACAGACAGUCCCUUUGGAUACUCCAAUCUGUCUUGCCACCCAGGUAAGACUGUCUUUGUGAUAGAUGGUCCCUUACACCAAGAAUCACAGCAAUAUUCAGGUUACUCCCAGUCCGAGGACUAGUCACUUACCCCGGGUCAAUUGCAGCUUGGAUCUCACACCAAAGACAAUGCUUGUAGCCAAACAAUAUACAGAUGUAUUAAUAGGGAAAGGAAAUGGUGGAGUUUACAAGAUUAAAGUAGCUAAGGCUAAGCCAGGCUAAACAACUGGGGAACCUCUUGCUUAUGCCUAGAAACCUUGCCCUCCAGAGUCAAAGCGGCAUGGAGAUACUCAGUUCCUUCUGUUUGGGGUUUUUAUUCCCUUCCUGCCAUAUGUGCUGAGCUGCAAACUCAGCUGAUGGGCAGAAUCCACUUGCAUGACUCAUCUUCAUGGUGGGGGCAGGGCAGAGCAACAAAGCCUUUUGUCCUGUUUAAUGUUCCACAAUAAUGCAGGCAGCAACUCACAAGCAUUUCAAUAAAGAUUAAAUUCUUAUAAUUCUCCUACCGAUUUUAACACACAGGUGAGCCAAACUGAUUCCAGCUAUGUAUUUGGCAGUGUUCAAGUGAGACAUGGGGACCUUGGCAUGGUCUGCCGGCAUCACACAGAUUAGCAAGGGCAGUUGUGGGAAUCCCCAUCAUUAGAGCUUUUUAAGAACAGGUUAGACAAACUUAAUCCUGCUUUAGCGCGGGGGAUGGACCAGAUGACCUCUUGAGUUCCCUUCUAGCCCUAUAUGUCUAUGACUCUGACUUACUCCUUGUAAGCAGGCCGGCUCCAGGGUUUUGGCUGCCCCAAGCAGCCAAACAAACAAACAAACAAACAAACAAAAAAGCCGUGAUCGUGAUCUGUGGCAGCAAUUCGGCGGGAGGUCCUUCGCU